CCAAGCGGAAAGGGGGCGGGCUCGCCUUGGAAGCGGCGAAAGCUUUCUGCGUUUGGCACGGUUGCGAGAGCCGUGAGUAAGGAGACGCGAUUCUGGCGCAGCGCGCCUUUGGAGAAAGUGGCAUGGGGGAGAAAGCGGCGUCCCUCCGGACUGCGUGCCGCGAAGGUGACGUGUUUCCUCUGGUCUGCUCCAACUCUCAUCAUGCCUGGUGUCAAAUCCUCAAUGUAUCAAAGCUGGAAGCGUCUUUCUUUGCCUAUUCCGGCAGAUAUUCCAACGAAACUGAGUUGAAUGUUUCAGUACCCACAGGAAGCAAAUACAGCUUGUAUGUAGGUGUCGCCUUGGCUAUAGGCUCAAGUAUCUUUGUUGGUUCCAGCUUUAUAUUGAAAAAGAAGGGCCUUUUACAGUUGGCUGAAAAGGGGUUCACUAGAGCAGGACAGGGUGGGCACUCUUACCUGAAGGAAUGGCUGUGGUGGGCAGGGCUGCUUUCAAUGGGAAUAGGGGAAGCAGCAAACUUUGCCGCCUAUGCCUUUGCACCAGCCACCUUGGUCACUCCUUUGGGUGCACUGAGUGUUCUCAUAAGCGCCAUAUUAUCUUCCUAUUUUUUGAAUGAAGAGCUCAAUAUUCAUGGUAAGCUGGGCUGCGUAUUGAGCAUUUUGGGGUCCACUGUGAUGGUGAUUCAUGCACCUGAAGAGGAACAGGUUACAUCAUUGGAUGAAAUAGAGAUAAAGCUAAAAGACCCAGUGUUCGUUGCGUUUGCCACUAUUGUAAUUGUGAUCUUGCUGGUCCUCAUUUUUGGUGUUGCUCCAAGACUCGGCCAGAGCAAUAUACUGGUGUACAUUUCCAUUUGUUCAGUGAUUGGUGUGUUCUCAGUCUCCUCUGUCAAGGGUCUGGGCAUUGCUAUUAAAGACAUGCUUUAUCAGAAGCCCGUCUUCCGACAUCCAUUGGUUUAUAUUUUGGCAGCUGUUUUGGUGGUGUCUAUCAGUACUCAGAUUAACUACCUCAAUAAAUCACUGGAUGUGUUUCAUACUUCUCUAGUGACACCAAUUUAUUAUGUGUGCUUCACAACCAUGGUGGUGAUCUGCUCUGUCAUCCUCUUCAAGGAAUGGAAUAGCAUGGAGCUUGGCGAUAUCAUUGGGACCUUGAGUGGCUUCUUCACCAUAAUUAUAGGCAUCUUCUUCCUGCAUGCUUUUAAAAAUGUCAGCACCACCUGGAGCCAGUUGACAUCUUCUGUUAAAAAGGAGCCAGUCUUGCCUCUCCAUGGUUACGAGGCUCAUCAUACUUUAUUGGAGAAUAUGGAGGCUCCAGCCUUGACAUGUGAUGAGGAUAACACUCUGUUCAGUCGAGGAAAUGAACAAAGGGGUGGCUACCACUAAGUCAUCUUUGGAAAA